GAGGCCUAUAAGACAGGCUGUCAAAGGCGGCGCCCUUUCCGUUACUUUGGUUUCUCUGGAGACGUGUUCAGAUAUACCGAGGAGAAUGAACGGUGUGCCCGGUGGGAGAGCUGUCGACGGUCAGCCGCUGCAGCUGUUCAACUGCGCACACGAGGACUGUGGCGCGACUUUCACCCGACAGUGGAGACUGAAAGAGCACGAGACGGUGCACACCGGCGCGCGCCCGUGUCUCUGCACCAUCGCUGGCUGCGAACGUCGUUUCUCGCGGAAGUCUCACCUGAAGCGCCACAUGCUUCAGCACAGAGGCGUGAAGCAAUUCCAAUGCAAAUUUGCGGACUGCACGCAGAGUUAUUUCCACGCGUGCAAGCUGAAAAGACACGUGCGCUACGUCCACGGAGACAAAAACAAGUAUUUCCAGUGUCACCAGCCAAACUGCUCAUUGACCUUCAAAAAACGCAGAGCGUUUAAAUUGCACUUGCAGGAGCAUAAAGUGCCUGCUAAGUCAAAGUGUUCAAAGGACGGAUGCGCUGCCACGUUCGACUCUCAUAUCGCCCGCAAAGCCCACGAGAAGAAGCAUGCAGGUUACCGCUGCUCUCAUGCUAACUGCCAGGUGUUUGAACACACCUGGGGGAAACUUCAGAAGCACAUGGCCAAACAUCCAGUCGCGUUCACAUGCCAAGCAUGUAAGAAGGUGUUUAAGAAAGCGGAUGCUCUGCGGAAGCACAAACGGAUCCACGCUUCCCAUAAGCCCGUGCUGGUUUGUCCCAGGGACGACUGCCAGGCUUACUUCUCCACGACCUUUAACCUGCAGCACCACAUCCGCAAGGUGCACCUCAAGCUCCUCAAAUACAAAUGCUUCUUCCCCGACUGCCCACGCACGUUUGCUAUGCGGGAGAGUAUGACCAGACACCUGCUUCGCCAUGACCCAAGUGCCACCAACCUGAAGAAACGUCAGCGGCCAAAGAAGUCCUGGCAGAAGCGCUUGGAUGGACACCAUCUGCCCCUGGUGGAGGAAAACUUGCGUGGCCUCUUCGCCCUGCGCAUGCGGAUCUCACGACGUGCCAAGGUGGAAGCAAACCUCACAGGCCUCUUCAAUGAGCGCAAGAUUCCUCAUUAUGUCGACCCAGAAGUCAACCUGCGCAAUCUGUUUGGUAUCAAACGGCCCCACCCUUUGGAGGAGAAGCCUGCGGUCCUACCAGUAAACGGUUAAAUAAAAUGUAUCCAGACCAGCAGGGUAUUUUGACUGUUAAGUGACCUUCCUGAAAUUUGUGCAGGCUUUAAGUUGUACUAUUUUUCUUAAAUGUUUGAGAAUUGGGUCUCUUUGGUUGAGUUUUUCUAAUGUAGCUGACUUACAUUUAACAAUUUGAAUUUCAAAGUCAUUAUUUGAAUGUCACUUGACACAUUGUAUAAGCUGUCAAGCUUUUGAGAAUUUCAAAGAAUGAAUUCUAGUUCUUGAAGACAAAAGGUCUGAAGUGAAAUACUUAUUUUGUAACCUG